AUGACAGAUCGUCUGGCAGCCUCCAAGGCCAAGUUGCAAGCGGACUCGCGCAAAGCACCACUGCUGCAGAAGUUACAGCAGUCUCCAGUUCCUGAACUGGAUCGGAUGAAGCCGAGCGCCUCUGCGACCGAGUGCCAGAACCAAACCGAAUGCGACGAUGAUUUUGCCCGGGAUCUAGCAGCAGGUGACUGGUUCGACCCCGGUGGCAACAAGAAACCACGAAAACAGCGCAAAUCUAGCAACAGCUUAAGACAGGCCACGGCUUUUAUAGACAGCAACAACACCAUGCUCACGUUCAGCAGUCGCCUGCCAGCAGCUCCCGUACUCCUCCUCGAGCGACAGCUCCAACUUCCCCGACACAGGCCAUCUCCGGUAAGCGUACUAAGCCUGUUUCCUCCCUGA